AAAUGGAGAUAAAGCAUCCCAUAUAUCCCAAAAAACAUGCAUGUCUUCCGUUCAGUUAGUGCAGACUGGUCAUGUGUUGUGCUAAGGAGAUUAACGAAAUCAGUCUGUCGCGCGCACAUAGAUAUUCGCAUAUUUUAAUACAUCAUUAUGUAUAUUGACCUGAUUAAAGAUUCCGUGAUGUCGUGUUAUAAAGGUAUAUCAUCUGAUGUUAUUUGACCUAUUUAGCCUAUUAUGUAAUAUAUCUAGAGGUCAUGUAUUACAGUUACGCGCAUCAUAGAUAGAGUAGGCUACGUCAAUGAUGUGAAGGACAUAUCACAAUUACGCGCAUCGUGCCAAAUUUGAUUACGCAUGUGGUGGACCUCGAAAUUUGAAAGGGAAAGUCUAUCUCUUGGUUGGAGGAUUUUCUUUAAUCCCAUGCAUUUACAUUUCAGCUGCAUUUAUUUUUUAUAAGGUUUUAUUUAUUAAAAUAGUUGGUUAAGUAUUUUUAAUGACUAUCCAUACUGUAGGUCAACAAACCCUUUGUAAACAUUUCACGUGAGAUGAUCAAGGUCACACUGAGGUGCGCCCUUUCAUUUAAGCCAGCUGAUUGGUCGAUAAAACAAUUUGCUGAUUCUCAGUUCAUUUAUAAUCAUGUAUCAUUUCAACAUCGUUGGUAUUUUUUACUUGACCAAAACUUGGGAUGGUUCUGCAGUGGGAACACGAGACAAAUGGUGUGGCCGACUACGCCUCUAGCUUUAAGGCGGCAGAUACAGUCAUACAGUUGACAGAAACCCAUAUGCCCAAACCUGAUCCGAAUGGCCUUGUGUUUGGGUCGGUCUUCACCGACCACAUGCUCACCAUCGAGUGGAGUCUUAAAGAUGGCUGGCAGAAGCCACACAUCCAGCCUUUUGGGAACCUGACCAUACACCCAGCCUGUUCUUGCCUCCAUUACGCUGUACAGAUUUUUGAAGGCAUGAAGGCGUAUCGGGGGCCAGAUGACAAAGUGCGGCUCUUCAGACCCAUUCUGAACAUAAAGCGGAUGCUGAAGUCUACCGACCGGUCCAGCCUACCUAGUUUUGAUGGCGUAGAGUUGUUGGAGUGCAUCAGGAAAUUGGUGGAUCUUGAACAAGACUGGGUUCCACAGUCAGACUCCGCCAGUCUCUACAUCCGGCCCACAUUUUUGGGCACGGAGCCUUCGCUGGGUGUAAAGAAGCCAUCUCGUGCGCUCCUCUUUGUUAUUCUCAGUCCUGUCGGCUCGUACUUCAGCACAGGAGUCAAACCGGUGUCUCUGUGGGCAGACUCGAAAUACAUCAGAGCCUGGAAAGGAGGAACGGGAGACUGCAAGAUGGGAGGGAAUUAUGGGGCGUCUAUCUAUGCCCAAUGUGAGGCAGUGGGUUACGGCUGUCAACAGGUUCUGUGGCUAUAUGGGGACGAUCAUCAGAUCACCGAGGUUGGAACAAUGAACGUUUUCCUGCACUGGAUCAAUGAGAACGGGGAGGAGGAGCUGGCAACACCACCUCUAGAUGGAAUUAUCCUGCCAGGCGUCACACGACAAAGCAUCCUGGAACUUGCACGUAAAUGGGGUGAAUUUAAAGUAUCAGAGCGCUAUCUAACCAUGGCUGACCUGCGGCGGGCUCUGGAGGAAAGCCGAGUGAUGGAGAUGUUUGGUUCUGGAACAGCUUGUAUUGUUAGCCCAAUUAACAGGAUUCUGUAUCAGGAAGAGAAUCUUCAAAUUCCAUGUAAGGAAAACUUCCCUCCUCUUGCUUCCAGGCUGAUGAAGGAGAUCACAGAUAUUCAGUAUGGCCGGACUCCCAGCGACUGGUCUUUCAUUGUAUAAAGAAACCUCAAUCAUAAACACACCUGGGGUUAUGGUCAACAGGCACAUGCUCUUCAACACUUUUUUAAGCAAGCACAUUCCACAUAAAGGCUUUAUAUGUGACUACAUUGAACUUGCCAUGUUGCAAUAAUGCGUUUGCACAAAGUUUACCAGCAGAAAUAGUUUAGCAAUAAUAUGUCAGUCUUUGGCCGAUUUACUUCUUCAUGGCCUCAUUGGUUAUAAAUUCAAUUUUAAAAGUACACCAGCUGUUUUUCAACACUACACUACCGCCCUCAAUGACAGCAAGGGACUCUCAGUGUAUAUGAUAAUGUUGUUAGUCUUGCUCGGCUAUAUAGCCUAUAGUUUCUAUUUUAAGUGGACCUAUAGAUGUAUUUUUUAACUUAUUGAUGUUGUUAAUAAUAUGCAGUGACCAUCAUAUUGCACAUUUUUUUCAACUACUGAAAGACAUAUUUAGAUAUAUCAUUAAUAAAUAUUUUAAGGUAGUGUGUUUUUGUGAUAGAGCUACAGUAUUUUCUUAAGACAUGAAAUGUUUAUUUGUAGUUAAUACAUGAUAGCACAGCACAGCUCCACAAGCACAGUUGUUUUAUUACAUUUGUUGUAAAACAGAGGCUAAAACUAAUAUAAGAUUUGUUUAUAGAUGUUUGUCUGAUUCAGCAGUGACUGUAGACAUAAAAACACAAAUAUGAUUAAAUUAUAGGCACUUAGAUAUAUAUAUAUAUAUAUAUAUA